AUUAGAUGCCAGGUUGUGUUUCAUUCAGGGGUUUUAAGAUUGUUCAAUUAACAAAAUAAUAUUUCUACAUUUUUCAGUGUAAUGUGACAAUAAUUUUAAUAUACUCUAUUUGAUAAAUGUUAUUGGUAUUAAUUCCACUAAUUCUUUAAUGUUGCAUGAAAUUUCCAUAAUUUACAAAGCGCUUUGUGCACUGGCACGGCUCUGUGUAGUAAGCCAAAUUUAUUCUGAUUCAUUUGACCUUGAAAUUUUGGUUGCAUUUCGUGACCUCGCCUGCCUGAAUUGUAGUGGAAUCGGCCUAUCCCGUUUGAGUCCCCUAGCGGAGGAAAAUGGGCCUACAGUGAGAAACUGAAAAUAAGGAUGAGCGCCAUGUCUGAUCCUCCGCUUGUGGAAUAGAGCGGACGGCCGAUCGCAUAUUUCCCGGCCCGGGGGUCCCGUCGGGGGUUCGGUGUGAAUCAUGACCGACAGCGCUGGGAUUCAGCAAGGUUCACCGGCCAUCGGUGCAGCGGGCUUGGUUCCGGCCGCUCCUGGGGCCGGGGGGACGGAGGGCUCCGGCACCGCUGGAGGAUCCGCACGUAUCGCCGUGAAGAAGGCGCAACUCCGCUCCUCACCUCGGCCGAAGAAACUGGAAAAACUCGGCGUGUAUUCAUCCUGCAAAGCUGAGGGAGCCUGUAAGUGUAAUGGGUGGAAAAGUCAGAACCCCCCUCCUACACCCCCACGAACUGACCAGCAGUCCAACACAGUCAACCUGCAGGAGCCCUGCCGGAGCUGUUCUCAUACAUUGGGUGAUCAUGUGACCCAUCUCGAAAACGUGUCUGAGGAGGAAAUGAACAGACUUCUAGGUAUCGUCCUGGAUGUGGAGUAUCUCUACACCUGUGUACACAAAGAGGAAGAUGCUGACACGAAACAGGUCUACUUUUCCCUCUUCAAACUGCUGAGGAAAUCCAUCCUGCAGAUGGGUAAGCCGAUGUUAGAAGCACAGGAGAGUCCUCCAUUUGAAAAACCCAGCAUUGAGCAGGGGGUGAACAAUUUUGUCCAGUACAAAUUCAGCCACCUGCCAUCUAAGGAGCGUCAGACCAUUAUGGAGCUGGCCAAGAUGUUUCUCAACCAGAUCAACUACUGGCAGCUGGAGACGCCCUCCCAGAGACGCCAGAGGGUUCCGAAUGACGAUGCAGCUGGAUACAAAGCCAACUACACCAGAUGGCUCUGCUACUGCAAUGUGCCUCAGUUCUGUGACAGUCUGCCCCGGUAUGAGACCACUCAGAUCUUCGGCCGGACGUUGCUGCGUUCGGUGUUCACUGUGAUGAGGAAACAACUCCUGGAGCAGGCCCGACAGGAAAAGGACAAGCUGCCACCUGAGAAACGUACACUCAUCCUCACACACUUUCCCAAGUUUUUGUCUAUGCUAGAGGAGGAGGUGUACAGCCACAGUUCUCCGAUCUGGAGCCAAGAUUUUUUGGCAGGAGCAUCAGGAGGGCAGAUUCCUAUCCACACAGUUAUCAGUGCGCCCCCAGUGUCCAGGCCGUUGUACUACAGCACCAGUCCUGUGUCAGUGGACCCAUCGACCUGUGGGAGUGUCAGUCCUGCCAGGAAAACAGCCUCUGUACUGGAGUCAAACCCAGUUGGAGAAAAGCGCAAACCCUCGGAGGCCCUGCCCCACGAGGAAAACAAGAGACCCAGGGUGGUGGGUGACAUCCCCAUGGACCUCAUCAAUGAAGUCAUGUCAACCAUCACAGACCCUGCAGCAAUUCCAGAGACCAGUCUGCUGUCAGCUCACUCUGCACGCGACGAAGCUGCUCGUCUAGAGGAGCGCAGGGGAGUGAUUGAAUUCCACGUUAUCGGUAACUCCCUGAACCAGAAGCCCAAUAAGAGGAUCUUGAUGUGGCUCGUUGGCCUCCAGAACGUGUUUUCCCACCAGCUGCCCCGCAUGCCCAAAGAAUACAUCACACGGCUGGUCUUUGAUCCGAAGCACAAGACACUGUCACUGAUCAAAGAUGGCCGUGUGAUCGGAGGGAUCUGCUUUCGGAUGUUUCCGUCGCAAGGCUUUACAGAGAUCGUCUUUUGUGCUGUCACCUCCAACGAACAGGUCAAGGGUUAUGGGACCCAUUUAAUGAAUCACCUAAAGGAAUAUCACAUAAAGCACGAAAUCCUCAACUUCCUCACGUAUGCCGAUGAGUACGCAAUUGGUUACUUCAAGAAACAGGGUUUUUCAAAGGACAUCAAGGUUCCCAAGGCCAAAUAUGUGGGCUACAUCAAGGACUACGAGGGAGCCACACUCAUGGGUUGUGAGCUCAACCCCAGCAUUCCCUACACAGAGUUUUCUGUUAUUAUCAAGAAGCAGAAGGAGAUAAUCAAGAAGCUUAUAGAGAGGAAGCAGGCUCAGAUCAGAAAAGUCUACCCAGGGCUUUCCUGUUUUAAGGAAGGAGUUCGACAGAUUCCCAUUGAGAGUAUUCCUGGCAUACGCGAAACUGGCUGGAAGCCUGCAGGUAAAGGGAAGGAACUGAAGGACCCAGAUCAACUGUACAGCACUCUGAAGACCAUCCUCCAGCAUGUGAAGAGUCACCAAAACGCUUGGCCGUUCAUGGAGCCAGUGAAGAAAACUGAGGCACCUGGGUACUACCAAGUCAUUCGCUUCCCUAUGGACCUUAAGACAAUGAGCGAGCGGCUGAAGAGCAGGUACUACACAACGCGCAAGUUGUUCAUGGCUGACAUGCAGCGCAUCUUCACCAACUGUCGUGAAUACAACCCUCCAGAGAGCGAGUACUACAAGUGUGCCAACUUAUUAGAGAAAUUCUUCUACACAAAGAUCAAAGAAGCAGGUCUCAUCGAGAAGUAGCCGAGAGGAAGAAGAAAUUCCUCCUCACCUUAGCAAAGGAUGUCCUCAGGCUCAGUGGUUAAGGUUAUGUUAGUGGUAAUGAAAAAGACAGCUACAUGCAUGGGGACAUUGAGAAUAGGACUACUGAUUCUGGAGCGGACAGGUUCCAGAAGCACGUAUCUUGAUGUGAAAGGUGUGAAUGGGUGUCAGAUCAACACUCUUUUUUGAUGUUUGUUGCAUGCUGGCCCAGACCUUUAAUCAGUAGCUUAGACUGAUAUUGACACUGAAAGACAGGCCACAAGGGAACGCCUCAGUGAAGGCCUGCAAGACUGUUGCUGACAUUAAGCAAAGGAAGCAUUGUGUCUUCAUGUUUCAUCACAUAUCCACAUCCUUUGGAAAAACAGGAUAGUGGAAGGCAUCAUAGUAAUAGAUUAAACAGGGAGGAAAGCUCCCAUGGUUAGUUUGGUUAGAUGAGGUCAGAAUGACAGCUGAUUGGAGAUUCACCACACACCUUACUCUGUCUCUCUCCACCCCUUCUCACACUCUCAUCCCCCUGCCUUUUUGAGUGUCCGCCUCGUCCUCUCGGUUGACUCAGGUAGAGUUGUCAUGAGCAGUAACCACAUCUCACAGCGUAUUAAUUCAUCCUGUGAGGAAGGUGACUCAGUUUUCCUGUGAGCGUGCAUGGCGUUAAUGAGGUCAACGUUUGUCUGUGAUGAGUUCAUCCUGCCAAAAGGAGUACGUACUUCGACUUUGUACAGCUCUGAAUUAUUUUAAAGCACUUAUACCCCCUGUAUAUUUUAAAUGUGUAUAUAACAUAUAUUUUCUGUUUCAGAACUAAAAAACUAACAUUUUUUCCCAAUAAGCCGCAUAGGGCAGUUUGACUAUUGAGAUGCACUUUUAUUUUUCCAAGUAUUAGUUAACACACAUAAGAGCAACUUCUUUUGUUUUACAUAUAAAUUACCGCUGUUGUCUAAGGACUAAUUCAAUUAUCUAGAGUUUAUUCUUAUUUAUGUGCUGUAAUUUAAAAGAAUUAUGCUAAAGGCAAGGUCUUAAUUUAUUCUUUCUUAUUUUUGCUCUGCAGAUGGAGAUUGAUAACUUUAUACUUUGGAGAUAAAUGAAAAGAUUGUGCAAUACUACGUAGUUUUGCUGUUUUGUAAAAAGGUGUUUGUACUUUUCAAACUUUAGGAAAAAAUACAUUUUGUAAUAUGUCUGGAAAAUUAUUUCACGCUCUUUGUACAAUUGGGUUUUAAUGACAUAGUAUUAGCCUAUUUUAUAAACUGAAUAAAACAAGUGAGGCUAA